AUGCAUUAUUCACCUCCGCCGCCGCCUCCGCCGCCUUCCUCCGCCCACACCCUUAACCAAACCACCGCCCUCCUUUCUAUACUACUGCCGGCCACCUUUUCCGUCAAGUCUUUCAUCGCCCGAUGGCAAGUCAUCCGUUCAAAGCUCGCCAUUCUCAAGUCUUCAUUGUACGACAUCUCCGAGUCGACUCACUGGUCGGAAAAUCCACUUCUGCAAACCCUACUCCCCGGCCUCCUAUCCACCCUCCGCCGUAUCCAGACGCUAUGUGAUCAAUGCACCGAUUCGAAUUGCACGGCUGGCAAGCUCCUUAUGCAGAGCGACCUUGACAUGGCUGCCGGUUGGCUCUCCAAGCAGCUUGACGACCUCGAUUUGCUGAUACGCUCCGGUGUUCUAUGUCAAUCGACUGCUAUUGUCCUCUCUCAACCCGCCCCUGGAUCUUCUAUUGAGGAUUUAGGAUUUUUCAUUAGAGAUCUUUUCACUAGGUUACAGAUUGGGGGGGUUGAGUUUAAGAGAAAGGCAAUGGAAUGUCUUCUUCAAUUACUCGUCGAUGAUGAGAAUGCUGUUACAGUUGUUGCAAGCGAAGGCAAUAUAAGGUAUUUGGUUCAUCUACUUGAUGUUGAUGAUCAUAGAGAACAAGCGGUUUCUGCGGUCUCUCUUCUCGCCUGCGCAAGCGAACAUUCUAGAAAAACGGUUUUCGAGGAAGGUGGAUUAGGUCCGUUGUUACGAAUCCUUGAAUUUGGUUCCAUUUCAUCGAAGGAAAAGGCAUCCGUUGCUAUCGAAGCAAUCACCGGCGAUAUUCAUAAUGCGUGGGCUAUUUCGGCGUACGGCGGUGUUCCGAUACUACUCGAUGUCUGCAGAUCUGGAUCGUUAACUGCUCAAUCACACGCAAUUGGUGCUAUUAGGAAUGUAGCUUCAGCUGAAGAUAUUCGCAGCUGUUUAUGCGAAGAAGAUGCAGUUGCCGUCAUCGUUCAGCUACUGGUUUCCGGCUCCGCCGCUGCACAAGAGAAGGCGGCAAACUGCAUUGCUAUCGUCACUUCAUCCAGCAAGUAUUUCGGGACUCUAUUGAUACAAGAGAAAGGAUUGGAAAGGCUUUUACAUUUGCUUCAUCGAUCAUCAAAUCCAGAUACAUUAGAGUAUGUAUUACGCUCAAUUCAUUCACUAUCCACUUCUGAUUCGGUUUGCCGGUUAUUAUCCUCAUCAUCUACGUUCAUAAUCCAAAUCGCCGAACUCAUCGACCACGGGAAUCUAACUCUACAACAAAUCUCAGCUUCAAUAUUAGCUAAAUUGUUCAUUAAUGACUGUAACAAGCGUGCAGUUGCUGGAUGCAUGGGGUCUCUGGUGAAGCUUAUGGAAUUCGUGAAACCGGUCGGGUUACAAGAGGCGGCGAUGCAAGCAUUAACUUCUCUACUGACAGUGAAACAGAACAGGAGUUAUUUCACAAAGGACGAGAAGAGCAUGACGAGUCUAGUUCAGAUGUUGGAUCCGCUGACUGAAUCGGUUCCGAAGAAGUUUCCGGUGGCGGUUGUUUAUGCAUUGAUGGCCGGAGGAAGCAACAGUCGCCGGAAAAGGUUGGUGGAUGCCGGAGCUCACAAUUACUUGCAACUACUGAGUGAAAUGGAGGUCGUCGGAGCUAAGAAAGCGUUACAGAGACUUUCCGGCAGUCGGCUGAAGAGUAUCUUCACCAGAACUUGGAGGGAGUAGAAACGGAAGCCAUCAGCUCCCCGCCAAGGUGCUUGUUUGGGGGAGUGUGGCAUUUGUGAAGUUACAGACGGUAACAAAUACAGUUAAUCAAUUUGUAGCAUGCCCACCAAGUGAGUAUAUACCACAAUAAAUGAAUCAUAUAUAGUUUCCAAACCAUCCUUAGUGGUCACAUACACACAAACAUAUACUAUAUAUCCUCCAUACUAUACAUAUGCAUAUACAUAUACAUAAUACUACUACAUCUAUUAUAAAAAUAUCUGAAUCAAACACUUGGAUGCUCGUUUUACGUAGUAUCCUCGUCUUUUUUCUUUUUAUUCAGAUAAUCUUAAUCCAGCUAAUGCCAAACUUAGGUGUGUUUUGUAAAGUUCGUUAUGCUUGUGCUCUUUUUAUGUAAUAAUUAGCUUGUGCCAUACAAUGACAAUACAUAUACGGAAU